GAUCAAUGUCAUACAAACAUGUUUUCAUCGUUUGUAAGAAAAAUGUAAAUUUCUAGCCAUGUACAGACAAUGCUAUCGUCUGUGGGCAUGGCGAAUCCAAGAACAUAAUUAUCUGAAAAACACCUUCAAGAAGAAAGAUGGUCUGAUAAGAAACAUAAGAUAUGUCUCAUCAGAAUCCAACUUGAAAACAGCAGAGGAAGACGAAGAGAUGAAGUUUUCCCACCAGGAGACAAGAAUUAGUUAUGCAUCCACUGCCAAUGGCAAAGACAAAUUUCCACAGGGAAAGUUCAGACCUGUUCCCCUUACACUAUUCAUAAAAAAGUCACAGACACUUGUGAUGUUAGAUGAAAUUAGUGACAGAUUUACCGUGUCUUUUCCAAAGUCAGAAGACACAUUGACUGUUGAUGUUAAUCCUGAAGACUUUGCAAAGCUCAAAGCUAUGUUGGAAAAAGACAGGAGAGAUCGAAGUCCAGCCCAUAAUCCGGAAUCCAUCACUGAGUGUAUAUGGCAAGAGAUGAGAACAGACUACAAUAAACUGAUUCAGUACUACUUCAGGUUAUCAAAGAUCAGGUUAACAGGUCUAGUUGUACUGACUGCUAUGGCAGGUUAUGCUAUGGCUCCAGCUGUAUUUGAUCCUGUUGGUUUUUUGAUGGUGACCAUAGGUACAGGGCUGACAUCUGCUUCAGCAAAUGCCAUAAAUCAGUUUUUUGAAGUGCCAUUUGAUUCCCAGAUGAACAGGACCAAAAACAGGGUUCUUGUUAGAGGAUAUCUAAGCCCUUUGCAUGCUGUGACAUUUGCUGCUGUGUCUGGCAGUGUUGGACUAGCCAUUCUGGCCCUGGGUGCUAAUCCCCUUACAGCUGCUUUAGGGGCAUUCAACCUUGGCCUCUACACUCUGGUGUAUACUCCCAUGAAAAGACUCAGUAUUAUCAAUACCUGGGUGGGCUCUGUGGUGGGAGCUGUCCCCCCUCUGAUGGGAUGGGCAGCCUGCAUGGGCACACUGGAUCCAGGUGCAUGGGUAAUGGCAGCUAUUAUGUUUUGCUGGCAGUUCCCCCAUUUUAAUGCUCUCAGUUGGAAUCUGAGACCUGAUUAUUCCAGGGCAGGGUACAGAAUGAUGUCAGUGGUGGAUCCUAAUCUUUGUAAACGUGUUGCUCUACGUCACACAGCAGGAAUAACAGGACUGUGUUUCCUGGCUCCAGUGGUGGAUCUAACCACCCCUCUGUUUUCUGUCAUGUCUCUACCUCUCAAUUUGUACUUUACAUAUCUUGGAUGGAAGUUCUACCAGCAAGGAGACAGCAAUUCAUCACGAAAACUGUUUCGUUUUAGUUUGUUACACAUACCAAUACUUAUUGUGCUAAUGAUUUUGAACAAACCCAAUAAGAAAAAGGCUUCAAAAGACACUCAAGGAAAUUCUUUAGCAGACAUUCCUGCAUGAUUGUACUAGAUAGGUUGGUAUAUUGUGAAUUCAUGACACUGUAUUUGUAUAUAAGGUGUAAAACAUUGCUGAAGACAAUUAAAACUGUGAUAACUCAGAA